AUUGUAAUAUUUUAAUUCAAGUACAUUUUAUAUGAAUGAGUGUAUUUUGAAAGUGCACCCAUAGACUGAAACAGUGAGCUGUUCUCAUUCACUAAAGUGUAAAUCCAUGCUCUGUUAUCGCUUAUACAGUGUGACAUUGAUGGUUACACUGGUUGUUUUGGUUAACGCGUAGAAAUUAGCAUUUUAUAUUCUGUUGGAUAUAGACUAGCUACUUGUAAAAGUACAAAGAAAGUCUGGACCAUCAGUAGGUUCAUGAUAUGGCGAAAAAUUGUGCCUAAUAUAAUAAAGUGAGAGAAUUUAUGAUGUUGUGUCAGUACAAUAAAAUGCAUUGUGGGUGUGGCGCGGAAAAGUGGAAAUCCAAUUAAUAACUCAAAACCGAGUAAAAUAGGAUAAAUCGUACGAAAUGACUCAACUGGAGAACUACUCGUCACUUCUAAUUGUGCUUUAUGUAAAUAAUACAAUAAUUCUGCGACUCUUAAGACACAAAGUUAAAUAUCCAAAGCUCAAAUUAGCCUAUGCAUUUCACGGAUCAAUAGUUUUAAUGUACUUGAAUCGUUAUCAGAUUGAUCAUACAAUUGAGUGCUGUUACUAGGUUAGGCUAUUGAUUAAUAUCCAUUAAUUAGUGUAUGACGGCGUGGAUAAUUGGUUAUAGCGUAAAUGUUGACCUGACUGCUACAGGAAAGUAUAGAAAAAAUGUUGCGGAUGGUGCUUUCGCAUUUUUAUUAGCAUAAUGUAAGAGUUUUGUGAUUGUUGGAGUGAAAAAUAUCGUAAUCACUUCAAUCUAAAACAUAAAAAUGUUCUCCGUGGCGCGGCAAGUCCCGUAGCUUUAAUGUAUAGAAAGGGAGAGGCUGCGCGUGCACGACCCUUCCCUUUGCUCUAAGGAGGCGGGAGCGCGCAAUGGUUUCUGCUCACAUUCGAUUGCAUGCAGAGAACUACCUCCGGAUUGCUAAGCAUCACAGUGAGAUGAAAAUGUCUCAUCUGCUGUCCAUCGACAAAUAUUGCUUCGUUUUACAGAGUAACAUAGGAGUAUUAAUUAUGUUUUGGAAUAAUUCUCCUUACCACCUCUAGAUAAAAUCGCAUUAUAUUUCAUCGAGUGUUGUUUUGAUUUAUUUCCGUCGGAGGAGUCGGAGUACUCGCGCACAGUGCAGGUGUGGAAAAUGGCGAGCAGGUACUUGAUGCUUCUCGCCUUGGGGACUGCAGUGAUUACCCUUGCAGUGACUGUGCAGUGCUGUCCUAAGCAGUGUAGUUGCUCAGAUAAAAACCCCCAUCACUUUGUGGACUGUGCUUACAAAGAACUUCAGCUGGUACCUGAGGGCUUGCCAUCCAAUGUGACCACUCUGAGCCUUUCAGCAAACAAAAUAAAAGUGUUGAAAUCCCAAAGUUUUGUGAAUGUGACCCAGGCUACAUCUCUCUGGCUGGCCCACAAUGAAAUUGUCACCAUUGAGAGAAAUGCACUAGCACCAAUGUUCCAGUUAAGGAAUCUGGACCUAAGUCAUAAUAAAAUAGUAAAUUUCCCAUGGGAGGACCUUGCUAACCUGACUGCUCUGCAGCUGCUGAAAAUGAAUAACAAUGAGAUGGUCAGUCUGCCUAAGGAUGCUUUCACCAACUUGAAAGAUCUGCGUUCAGUUCGCAUCAACAACAACAAGUUUACUACCAUUGCAGAAGGAACUUUUGACGCGCUUAUCUCCAUGUCGCAUCUACAAAUUUACAACAAUCCUUUCACCUGUUCUUGCAAACUGGAGUGGAUGAGGGAUUGGAUCACUAAAUCUAAAUCUAAAAUUUCCAUUCCUGAGCAGAACAAUAUCAGAUGUGAGGCACCUUCCCAUGUAAAAGGUUUAGAGGUCACUCAAAUGCCAAAACUGGUAUGUCAGGCUCCAACGGUUACCAUAACCCAUCAACCUAACAUUGAAAACACAGAAAUUCAUGAGGGGUACAUGGUCAUCUUACACUGUGAAGUUAAAGGGAGCCCCAAACCUGAUGUUGAGUGGGAAGUAUUUGCAGGAAACCAACUAUUAACAUUCCCAUUGCCCUUAGUUGUUGAAAAUAGUGAGGUCCCUAUUAAUGGUGCACCCUCUAAUACAAGAUUCCUCAUCUUUCAGAAUGGAACUCUAACCAUUCCUCAUAUGAGCAAAAAAGACGAUGGAAACUAUAGCUGUUCUGCUACUAAUAUCAUGGGCAAAGCUGAAAACACAGUGAAACUUGCAAUGACCGUUACCAAAAUAGAAUCCACCAAUUCUGUGCUAGACACAAAAGGGAUUGGUCCAACUGUCAAUAAGCCUGGACCAAAGGACCCCAAUAACAAUGUAUGGCCCAUAAAUGAGAAGCCAAAAAUUCUUUCAACUGGAACAUCAUCCAUUAAUAUUAAAAAAGUACCGGUUAAUACUGAUACUUUACCAUUUACCAGUAAGUGUGGAAUAAGUCAUGGUACACAGUAUAUAUCCAAUCAUGCAUUUAACCUGAGCUUGGAUGACCUUAAACAGUACACCUUUGACUUUGGUGUGAUUGCUUUGGAGGUGUCAGAGACUGAGGCUAAAGUCCAGCUUAAUCCUCUACAGAUGGCAAAUGCCAAAUCAAACCUUCAUCUCAACCAACUCCAAGACCUGGAAACUGUGGAUAAGGAACCGUUCACUCUUUACCAGUCAUCAUCCAGAAAAUCUCCCAUUGACAUGCUGUAUGUUUGUGUGAGCACUGGCAAUGGACAUUCAGUUGUUCAGUGGUCCAAGAUCGAGGACGGUGUCAAUACAUAUCGUUUCCAAGGUUUACGUCCAGGCACUAAUUACACUCUGUGCCUCACCUAUGGAGGCCAGGACUGCCAGGUUCAAGUUGUCUUUACGACAAGGAAGAAAAUACCAUCAUUGCUUAUCAUAGUGGUGGUCAGCAUUUUCUUACUGGCUCUGGCCACAGUGCCCUUGCUGGGAGCCACCUGCUGUCACUUGCUGUACAAGUAUCAAGGAAAGACCUACAAACUGAUUAUGAAGACGCAGAAUGCAGAUCAGAUGGAGAAGCACAUAGCGACAGAUUUUGAUCCGAGAGCCUCUUUUGUGGGAUCUGAGAAAAACUUCAAUGCAAGUGAGCUUGGUGAUGGAGACGCUGAAGCUGAUGUGGAGGAAGGAGAAGGGGAAGGUGAGGAAGUCGAGGGCAGUGUGGUGACUGAGUCCAUUCCUGAGUCGCAGUCCAAAACUCAGGAAGAGUUUGAAGUGGGCUCUGAGUAUAGUGACAGGUUACCAUUAGGGGCUGAGGCAGUGAAUAUAUCUGAGGAAAUAAAUGGCAAUUAUAAAGAGCUGCGCUAAAACCGACAGUGUGUAAAAUAUUUACCUUUCGACCACAUUCCAAACCAGGUAAAUAACGAUGAGCACUUCACCUUACUAUUGUAAUACUCUGCAGAAGGUGCAUUGACUCUGUUUUACCUCAGUUAUUCAGCAGUAAAUGUAUAUCUUUCAUAUUAGUUCUUGGGUUUUAUAAUAAUAAUAAUCUCUAUGAACAAAAGGAAUUUAUUCCAACACACCUCACACUGAGUUGUAUAUUCAACUCAACCUUAAAUUGAUCACCUGGAAAGUCUUAGCAUUCAUACAUGUAGGAGAGUGUGAAAUUCAUAGUACCAGUCAGUCACAAAUAAAAUGUCCGUUAGUUGAGGGCUUUGGUAAAGCUAAUGUUGUGUUCACACUGCGCCCAGGGAGUACAACAUGUUUAUCAGUUAUUGUUCAAACGUCGGUGCACAGAUUGUUACUUCUGAAAGGGAAUCGUUUCACUUCACGGCAUGUGCGAAAAAUAGUAGGCUAAAAACCCAGGUCACCUUCAAGUGAUAUUUUCUGUAAUGUGUGACUUCAGAUCUCCGUUAAGGAGCAGGUGCUUAAGAAGACCCUCUCGCCUUUCGGGACUGAUUGAACGUCUCCUUUCUCUAGUUUAAGGUAAUUUGUUCGUGGCAUGUCACACAAGAAGUAUUUCCGAGUGUGUUUUAUUAGAAUAUAUAGGACGGUAGAUAUUCUCAGUGUCGAUAUGUGGUGUAAAGCAGUCAAGUGUAAUAACGAUGUCUUUUUUUUUUUUUUUAUAUAUAUAUAUAUAUAUAUAUAUCUCAACCGUCGCAUUUCACCAUCAGCCUGUUCGCACCCAGUCCCGUCCACUUCCACUUAGUGAUUUGUGUCGAGCUGUUCAACUGAUGUUGUGAACCAUCUUUUCAAAAAUUUUGAUAUGAUUUUAUGUACGUGAACUUAAUAAAAUACUUAUGAAUA